AACAGAUAUUUCAGAACAUCAAGCAGGAGUAUAACCGUUUCCAAUGGAGGAGGCAGUUAGAAGGAAGUUUUCACCAAAGUGACUCAAACAGUUGUGCUGAAGGACCAUCUAGCAGUUUGCUACUAAAUACACCCAGCUCACCAGGAACAUCGUCAUCUAAGAAGGAUCAACCUUUGUUCACAUUACGUCAGGUUGGAAUAAUCUGUGAGCGUCUGCUUAAAGAUCAUGAAAGCAAAUUGCGAGAAGAAUAUGAACAAGUUCUAAACACAAAACUUGCCGAACAGUAUGAUGCUUUUGUGAAAUUCACGCACGACCAGAUUAUGAGACGAUAUGGAGAGAGACCUGCCAGCUAUGUGUCCUGAAGCAUUUUGUUAUGGAAUGGCUUUCGCCUCAAGUCAGCUGCUGUACUUAUGAGAACUAAUUUUGGUGCCAUGUUUUACCCACCUUCUACUUGAGGGAUUUUAACUCUUCACCGCUGGCCCACCUUACCUCUUAUUAAAAACAAAACAAAAAAAAUUCUGACUUUGCCAGUCAAUGUGCUAUCAGUACAAAGAUUUGUCUACUUUCCACUGCUAACUCUGCUACUGUGAGAAUAAUCUGCCAUUUAUGUUUCCAGUUCAAGAAACUGAAUACCAAGAAACAUCUGUGUUAAUCCUGCCUUUAAGAAGUGGCACUGAAUAUGGGAUUGUUACUGUGCAAACCUUUUUAAAGGAUUAAAGUUCUGUCACAAGUGAUUAGUCUCAAUUUUGAACCUUAUUGAAAUAGAAAUUACAGUUUCUCUGUAUUGAUCUGGAAGAUGAAAUGCACUACAAUAACACUGCAGAAACCUCCAUUUCUUGUAGAAUAGAUUUUAUUUUUUUAUUCAGUGGAGUGUUUCUUUACUUAUCAGUGCAGUGAAUGUCUAACACUGUAACUUGACAGUAAAGAUGAAUAUCCAAUCCAUCAUUGGGGUUUUGGUGUAAAUUGGAGGCAGAGAUAGAGCAAAGAUCUGCAGUUGAAUCAGCCUAGGCCAAGAUUAUACUUUUUUGUGGUUCGAUGAGUCACAUGUUUAUACACUUGAAUUGUGUACAUGUAGGGUUUCUAUUUACUAAUUUGAAUUUCAAAUUGAUUGAUGAAUGUUGAUUUGUACUGUUUGUCUGAACACAAAAAUCCACAAAUUGGCUAGUAUCAUUGUUAAACUAAUUAUCCAAAUUGCAUUUUUUUAAAAAAAUUAGCCGUUCUUUACAGCUUGUGUAAAUGUGUAACGAUUUGUUUAUUCCCGCCUCAUGUUCAUGUUUAAUUGGCACAUGCAAACAUACCAGUAGAUUAUUUGAUUUUAUCUGCGAUUUGUUAUGCAGAUGGUCUUUAUAAAUUAGAAUACUUCAAAUCUCUGUUGCAUGGUUUUAGCCUGCCUUUGUACAAUAGCGAGCAAAAUUUCAAAACUGGGAACUCGUUUAUCAUGAACUUGGUUUUAGAAUCCAGUUUUGGUUGUAAAAAUAUGGGUCAAUCUGGAGGACUUCAAAUGAAUACUGAAUGAGAUAUUGUAUUCCAAAUUUAGUUGUUUAUACUGAUCACCUAUGUCCAAAUACUCGUAAGAGUUCUCUUCUGUCAGGUUACAAGGUGUUGAAGGGUGAAUAAUUGCAUUAAGUAACUCAGUGUUUAAGAUAAUUUUGUCCUUGCUGGAAUAAAUGGGUUUAUUCAGCAGUUUGAAGGAUGAAUUCCAGUGAAUGUGUUUUUGUUUUGUUUGAAGCAUACCUAACCAAAAAGUGCAACUUUUGUUUUGCUCUUUGUGCAGUUCUUGCCCUGAUUAAUGUUAAGCUUAGUAGAAAAAUAAAAAUUGACAAAAACUAGAUAUGGCCAUUAUAUCCUGUUUUGGUUUCAAUACUUAAUCUAAAUAGGGGGAUGGAUGGGAAUUGUGUCUGUUUGGAGUUUUACAUUGUAACCUUUGUGUAUUUGUGUAUUUGUAUUUAAGAUUUUUGUUAACCUAUUUGUGAUUUUAUUUGACUUCUGUUAAUAAAUAUGGAGUGGCCUUAUUACAAGCUUUGUGGGCCCACUGCUUGGGACAAAAGAGUGCUUGCUGCCAGAAUCUGAAAUGUAAUUUCACAUUUCACAACAUCAGAUUUCAAGCAGCUGGAAUAAAAAGAAAAUGUCUAUGGUCAAUAUUAAGGAAAUUUGUUCUCAAGAGCAAAACAUGUUUUUGUUUGUAUUUAAAAGUUGGCCUUGCUAGUGUUUAGAACAUAGAGAUUCAAAAUACAAUUCUUAAUGUAUAUUUUCUGGUAUACCAUCACUAAAUGAACAUUUUCACAUUUUUGUGAUCCAUAUAUGGUGAAUCCAUUGUUGUUCAUUUUUGUACGUGAAGAAAGAAUUUACUUUUUUCUACAACUUCACAAUAUAAUUUACAUAUGCAAUUUAAAAUAGUUUACAUCCUUAAGGAAAUGUUUCCCCACAGAGAAAUUCUUGUCUUGUUUUGUAAAAAGGUGAUUUGCAAUUUAAAUGGCAAAAAUAGGGCUGUUUAGGUGUUUUUAUUUUAUUAACUUUUGGUAAUAAGAAAUAGAAGUCUGUGUAUUACACUGAAACGAAACUGAAGACAAUUGCUCUGACAAAGUCAAAGUGUACUUUGCAAGUACUGUAAUUUUAAAUCCUAGAAAAGUGCGUCUCCUGGCCUGCUGGGAAUUUAAUGUAUCAUGUCCAAUUUUGAAAACAAUGAUUGAUAGGAUAUUCUAUUAACACUUUGGUUGACUGAUUUCAGGCUGAUUCUCAUCCUGAGAAAGUGACCAUUAUGUGUAUUGACCAUUAUGGAUUUCAUUAGGAUCUUUGUGCGGUGUGAUAGAAUGCAGUAUCCAGUACCAAUCAAAGUAAAUGCCUGAAAAUCUGGCCCCUACUAGUGCUUGGAGGUAGAGAACAGUUUUAAAGGAGACCUAUCAAAUUUGUUAAUAGAUACAAAAAUUGGGAUGUCUUCCUGGCUUGAGAAGCACUAAAUAAGUGUAAAUUUGUAUUUGUAACAAUGGUCACAAAUUGAUUCCAAAUACUAUUGGUCACAAAAUUGAAGGCUCUUGACAGGCUUUAUCCAAUUGUGAUGUUUUAAAAAUAUCUUUCACAGCAAACCCCGCUGGGUUAGUUACUAAGGGACACUUCGCCUUUAUUUUAAAAUGUUUCUGGAAUCGUGCGGAAUCCUUUGAUAUUUAUCUAAAGUUCUAUUUCUUCUGUUGGUAGGAGUAGCAAUUUGUUCUGACGAAAGGUCAUUGACCUGAAACGUUAACUCACUUUCCUUUCUCCAUAGGUGCUGCCUGACCUGUUGAGUGUUGAGCAACUUCUGUUUUUAUUUCAGACUAGCUGUACCCGUUGCAGCUACCCUUGCAACCAAUUUCAUUUAGCCGGCCUUCUCUUUUUCGUCUGGCAUUUAUAUUUGUCUUUGAAAGGGUUGAUCUUCGCUUCUUAGGCAUCUUUAUCCUUAAGAAUAAGAAAAUGUGCUAUUGAACUCAUUAGCAUCCCUUGUUCACAUAUUUGUACACAUAUCCUUUUGGAAGGACUCCAGUGGGAGGACUCCAGUGGGAGGACUCCUUGUUGUAGUCCAUACUUGUGUGAUGAGCUUGUUUAAGUCACGAUAGGAGAUCCCCGGAAAAAAAAAUGCCCAUGACACUACUCCAUUGCACAAUCUUUCUGAUGAGGUAUAAAUCAUGUACCUUAGACAGAUACACAGACAUACAUUUCAUCUUUAUUAGUAUAGAUUUCCAGCAUCUGCAGUAUUAUGCAUUUUAUAAUUUGUUCAAUGUUCCUGAAAUGAAUUGAUGUUUUCAGCCAGCAGCUAUGAAUUUGAUUUUAAAAAAAUAAGUUCUUAUUCCACAAUAUUUGCAGGAUCUUUGUUUCACAAACCUCAAUUACAGGAAGGUGUUUCAUAAAAUCAGUGGCUAAGAACAAUACCUUCCAUUGAAUACCACAUUGCCUUGUCUACAUCUUGUCAUUUGUUUUCAUAGAAGGUAAGAGGAAAAAGGAUUCCAUUGACUGAGGAAAAAUCUGAUGUGAUACAUAAGAAGCAUGUCAAGUUUCCCUCCUGCUGCUGGAAAACUGGCCAAGAAAUUUUGAUGUUGGGUAAGAACUUGCAAAAAGGGCAAUCAGUAUCUGCAUUCCUGCCAGUAAAGGGGAUUACACGCCAGUUGACUUGAGCCACUACCAUGUGAGAUGGCUCAGUCUGAUGAAGUAGUUUGUAUUCCCAAACUUCUCCUGUACAUACUGUAAUGACUUGAAAACUUGGGAUAGAGAAAGGUAAAAAUGGAGGAAAGGAAGUAUUGUAAAUUAUUUUCCUAUGACUAAAGUUUGCAAAAAUGUGAAUUGAGUUUUAGCAGUAUAUUGUAAUGAUAAUGCAUUUUUUGUUAGGUUAAAAUAUUUAGCAUGUUUCUAAUUGAGGGUACCAAUGAAAGCAAGAUCAGAAAAUGUUUGAUUGAAACUCAAGUGUGAAGUUUUUAAAAGUACUGUGUUAUUCAAAUACUGAGCACGUUGACACCUGAUUAGAAUAUGAUUCCAAAGUAUUUGAUGCAAUACAAAAUGGAAUGCUACAGUUUUUAAAAAAAAGUAUUGGUGGGUAGUUGUAGAAAACCUGAAUUAAUUACCAUCACAAACAUUGGUGACAUUUCAUGUUCGUCUGUGUGGUUUGAUUUAUCCUGUAAUUGUAGAAAACAGGUGACAACAAAAGGUAAUCUCUACAAAGCAAUUAAUAUAUCCCUUGGCUGUCAGGGGAAUUUUUCUUGUUACUGGAGUGUUCUGUGUAUUAAAAGUAUUGUUCAUG